AAAGCCUCUCCGAUGACCAGCAGGUUCAUCAUGAGCUAAAUUGUUCCUGUUGACUACAUAAAGUACGAUUUGCCUUUCAGUAACCAAGCGCAUAUUCACUGUAGUUCAGUAAAAGCUGUUUGUGUUCUUUACACAAAACCCUCCAGUCAUGUCAGACAAAGGCCAAGACGUCGAUUUAACCAGAGCCAAACAAAACACGGGAGUCUGGCUGGUGAAGGUCCCCAAAUAUCUUUCUCAGCAGUGGGCAAAAGCAUCUGGGCGAGGAGAAGUAGGCAAGCUUAAAAUUGGGAAAGCUCAAGGGAAGACGGCGGUGUCUUUCAGUCUGAACGAGGAGCUGACCGUGGUGCAUUGCUCUGGGGAGAAGGUUUCGUCCGUGCGCUCCCCGAGAGAGCAUCCCUUCACCAUACAGACGGUGGGCGGCCAGAGCCUCGCUGUCUUCACAGAGACCUCAGACAAGCUGGCUCUUGAAGGCAUGGUUGUGCAGCGAGCCGAGUGUAGACCUGCAGUCACUGAGAGCUACAUGAAACUAAAGAAGCUCCAGAUCGAAGAAUCCACCAAACCUCUUCGUUUAUCCCAGAAGCUUGAGAAGGCUGUCACAACAAAUUACAAACCUGUGUCCAACCACAGCCAUAAUGUGGAGUAUGAGAAGAAAAAGAAAGAGGAAGGCAAACGUGCAAGAGCUGACAAGCAGAAGGUUCUGGAAAUGCUCUUCUCUGCCUUUGAGAAACACCAGUACUAUAACAUCAGAGACCUGGUGGACAUCACAAAGCAACCGGUGAUCUACCUGAAGGAGAUUCUUCGGGAGAUCGGGGUGUAUAAUUCCCGAGGGCCUCAUAAGAGCACCUGGGAGCUGAAGCCGGAGUAUCGCCACUAUGAGGAAGGACAGGAGGAUGAGGAGGAAAAAAUGGAGUAAUUCGGUUUACAUAAGCCUGGCUUGGUUUUGCUUUCACAUAACUGUUGUUUGUUUUUGUGCCAGAUUUGUUUUGGACCUCGUUCACUCCCAGGUGGAACGAAUGUCAGUAUAAAAGAAAUCAACUUUUUUUUCUUGGGUUACAUAACGAAGCAUUUUUCUAAAAGCAUUAUGAAAUGAAUACUGUAAUUUGCAUAUGACUCUUACAGUCUUCCGAGUUAAGAGCUCUUGUGUUUAUGGCUACAGAAGCACAUUAAUAACAUUAAUGAAAACGCAGUCAGCCUUUGGACUUUCCAUUAGUUUAAUAGUUUCAUAACUCUCGUCAGUAACAGUUAGUGCAUAUAAACACAUCGGUCCUGCUGGGCAGAAAUAAUCACAUGCAAGAGGAAAUUGCUCAAGAUCACAUGUGGGUCACACUAAAUCAAAACUACAUUUGCAUUGCAAGAUGAGGCAUAUUUUAGGACCAACAAGGAUUUCUGGAUUGUUCACUACAGUGUUUACUCUUCAUCCAAGUUUGUUUUUCAGUUUAAAUUAGCAUGAAGGCAACACAAUAAAUACCUGCAAAAUGUAUAAACAUUUUUAUUUGUAGAAAUUUGUAGAAAUACUGGUGGUGGAUGAGGAGAUAGUCCUGACAAUGUAAAGCACUUUGAGUGACUAGAAAAGUUAUGGAGAUUUGAUUAAUUAUUGUUAAAAU